AAAAUUAAAUUAAAAUGGCAGGGUCGGUUUCCAUUUCUCUCUUUGACGAAGUGACCCGAGAACUGCCUUCCAAAUUCCAUACCUUACUCUUGGUCCUUGGAUGAUUAUCCUUCUCCUCAAAGUCUCAAACCCCAGAUAGAUAGAUUCCAUUUCAAGAGUGUGUAGUGUGAGACUCAAGUAAUCUUUUCUAUGCAGUUGGCACCAUUAAUCCCGUGAAAGACCAGAGCUUUACUCGAAAUUACAUGUUUUGUUACUUAUUAUCUCGAGACUUUCCUUUUUUCAAUUUUAAGGAAUUUAUGUUAUCCGAGAUCUGCAGUAUUGCCCAUUGCUGGGUUUCUUUCAACAAAUAGUUUUGUUUUGGAUAUAUGAGUGUAUGGAGCGUAAUUCAUUGGUAGGAAUCCGAUCUCAACUUGAAAUGGGUUCAUUAGAAAACGGAUCAACAAAUGACUUGGAAGAUGAGACUCUUCGUAGUCCGGAAAAUGUAGCUCAGAAGCCUCAUUCUACUACUCUAGCAGCAGAACAAGGGAUGCAUCUCGGAUGUUCUCGAGCUCAUGUUAAGAAAAUCUUCGGGAAUGCUGUAUAUAGGAGCAUAAAGAUUGUAAUUUUUUCAAAUAAGUUGAAUUUGCUAAUGCUUUUUGGGCCAUUAGCGAUUCUCGUCAAUAAACUUACCGGCCAUCUAGGUUGGGUCUUCUUCCUAAGCUUGUUGGGUAUAACGCCUUUGGCAGAGCGUUUAGGGUACGCUACAGAGCAGUUGGCAUUUUACACCGGAGCUACUGUUGGGGGUCUUUUAAAUGCUACUUUUGGAAAUGCAACAGAACUAAUUAUAUCAAUCUAUGCUCUGAAAAAUGGAAUGACACGUGUUGUUCAGCAGUCAUUGUUAGGCUCAAUCCUAUCGAACAUGUUGCUGGUGCUCGGUUGUGCAUUCUUCUGCGGUGGCCUUGUUUUUCAUGGGAAGGAGCAAUUAUUUAACAAGGCAACUGCUGUCGUGAACUCUGGAUUGCUUUUGAUGGCAGUCAUGGGUCUCCUUUUUCCAGCUGUUUUGCACUACACACAUUCUGAGGUGCAUUUUGGGAAGUCAGAGAUGGCACUUUCAAGAUUUAGCAGUGUCAUCAUGCUUCUGGCAUAUGCUGCAUAUCUUUUUUUCCAGUUAAAGAGUCAGAGGAAUCAUUACGUACCUAUCGAGGAGGAAGGGAAUCAGAAUGAAGAGAGCCCAGAUGAAGAUGAGGUUCCUGAGAUAUCUAAAUGGGAAUCAAUAAUUUGGCUUUCCAUUAUGACUGCUUGGAUCUCAAUCCUAUCUGAAUAUUUAGUCAAUGCUAUAGAGGGAGCGUCCAUCGCACUGAAAAUUCCAAUUGCAUUUAUCAGUGUUAUUUUGCUCCCAAUUGUGGGCAAUGCUGCAGAGCAUGCUAGUGCUAUAAUGUUUGCCAUGAAGGACAAACUUGACAUAUCUUUGGCAGUUGCAAUAGGUUCUUCAACUCAGAUAGCCAUGUUUGGGAUUCCUUUUUCUGUAGUUGUUGGAUGGAUUAUGGGGCGUCCUAUGGACUUGAACUUUCAACUUUUCGAGACUGCAACAUUAUUUAUAACCGUUUUAGUUGUGGCCUUCUUGCUGCAGGAAGGGACCUCUAACUACUUCAAAGGAUUAAUGCUUAUCCUUUGUUAUCUAAUUGUUGCUGCAAGUUUUUUUGUACAUGUAGAUCCUACACCAGAUGAUGAUUCGCAAUUGAAAACGUAGUGUGGAUAGGCCUGUUGAUUGGAGUGGAAGUUAUAGAUGACAAAUAUAAAAAGAGGUGGGAGAUGAAGCGCGGUAUUACACGAGUUGGAAUCAUCUUUCUUUCUGUUGUAUAUAUUUCAAUUGUGAUCAUCCAUUACACUCUCCAUUGUUUCUCUGCUUGUGCCUUGUUCAGUGAAUUUCAUUGUCCAGGUAUCUUGCAGAGCUCUUGCUUGCUUGGAUGUUAAAUUUCCACUUUGACUUAGAAGCUGAGUGUAUAUUUACAGGAGAAUAAUAAUCUUGUCAUUUUCAUAAUGAUGCAAUUUAGUUGAAAUGGUUUUCCAUUAUGCUGCAA